CGCAUCCAGCGCCCUCUGUUCCUGCAUCGCGCGCUUCUGCAAUUCUGGAGCGCCCACGUCGGUGGCUGGAGGGCUACCCGUCGCACAGUGUCGUUUCCGAAAAUCUCUCGUCAUUCGUGUGCCUGGCCCGAGGGGCGGGAGGGGGAAGAUCGCCGCUCGCAUCCUCCACCUCCACUUCUCCACACCACUACUGUCGAUGAUCGCCGCCGCGCAACCUCGCCGCCAACGGUGCAUCGUGGAAUCAAGGGGGAGAGAGAGAGAUAGAGAGAGAGAGCAGCCGCACCGCUACCCCACCUAGGGUCUUGACGCUUUCGUACGAGGGCGUAUACCCCUCUUUGACGAAUAUUGCCGCCGUCAUGUAUGGCCAAAAAUUUCCCCUCCCCUCCCCUUGUGAUCGCCCGGCUUCCCUCGGAUCUCCACCGCCAUCUGCACGGCGGUCGGGCUGCAGCGAGCGCGCAAAUAUCAUCUCGAGGGCGGCUGCAGCUGGUGAGAGUCACCUUGUCCGUGGUACCCCAUUACACAUCACGCGUCGCGAACCCGGACAGCUCGUUGUGGGUAGGCAUCACAAGCCUUGUCCGAGCGACACGAACUCCCCCACUUUGCUCAUGACGCCGUUAAUGGGAUUCUCUCCGCCGCUUCACGCUUUUGCGCUUCAGUUUGAUGCUUUGAUUCCGUGCUGAUUGCUACGGAUACCUCGUUGUUGUCUUCCGCCCACAGACAACCAGUCCUCAAUCUUCAACCUAUCACUCAUACAACGACAUACAAAUACUGUACCUCGAAGCUAUCACAAAUAACAAACCCAACAACAGAUCGCCCUUGUCGUGUUCGUACGGGCAGCGACGUCGAACACGGCAACAACACCUACCUAGGUACCUACGCAAAGAAAGAAAAAAAAAAAAAAAAAAAAACG